AUGCUGUCUUCGGGCGCGGUAGUCGUAAUCGUAGCUCACCUCAUCAAGUUCCACAGCCAGUAUGGAUCGAUCUAUGAGUGGCAGGCCUUCGGCGUCGUUCGGGUUCGCAUCAACAGCGACGCUAUUGCAAACGACCUGCUUGUGCAACAAGGCAAGCUUUACAACGAUGAGCCUGACUUGCCAGCAGCCUUGGGAAUGAAAGCUCAUUACUUUCUGCCCCUGAUGGGCGACGUGAAGUUCCCGACGCAUCGCAUAUCCAUCAUGGGCAUGAUGAGGGCCUCCAGAUUACAAGGCUUCUACGAUCACCCUGCAAAAGAGACUGGUCAUACACUUCGCAAGCUGCUGGAGCAACCUUCGGAGCACUGGUUGCAUAAUCUCAUCGCCCAUUGUGCCCGAUCAGCUGCGUUGUGCGCUUGGGGCAGUCCAAAAGCCGCAGACACACUUAUCGAAGUGAAUCCUCCUCCCCUCAAGACCUUAUCACCCGGCGGCCCGCUACCCAAUCAAAUGACCUUCUUAGACCGGCUGCCGUUUCUGAUGUCGCCUUGGAAGCAAGCGGAAGCGAAGCGAAGCGAAGAGUUAUUGCCGAUGCUGCCUUUUCGGAAGCUUGGUCCGACGCCCUAA